ACAUUGUUUUGUUUUCAUCUGUGGUCGUGUAGUUCAAAAUAUGCGUAUUUGUGUAUUAAUGUUUCAAUAAUUAAAUUGAUGAAGAGCCAACAUUUUACAUCAGGAUACACGAUAUAGAAGGGUUAAAUUGUUUUAAAUAUCAGAAAUGUCUGAAAUUAUACCUUUGUCACUUCCAAUUGUACCGAAAGAGGAAGUUAUUACGAACGACUCUGAACAUAAUCAAGAAAAACAAACUGUUACUGAUCAUGAAACUUCAAACUUAGCAAAAGAUGAUAAAAAUGAAUUGGAUAAAAAUACUAUAUUUGCAGUUUUACAGUUUCUUAAAAAACAUAAUUUACAAGAAACUGAAUUGAUUUUAAGGAAGGAAGCUAAAGUUUUGAAUGAUGACAAACUUUCUGAUGUUUCUCAAAAUAGUUCUGAUGUCAGUAGUGUUCUUUCAACAUAUAAAAGUGAAGGUGAUCCAGAUAUUUAUGAAGAGACUUAUUCUAAUUUGAUUAAAUUUGUUGAAUCAUCGCUUGAUACAUACAGACAUGAAUUAGCAAUGAUUUUGUAUCCAGUUUUUGUUCAUAUGUAUCUAGAACUUGUCUAUAAUGAACAUGAAUUACAAGCUUUAGUAGGUUAUACUGCUGAAUUCAUUAUUACAGGAAAUGAGCUCAAAAAAUUUCACAAAAGUACAACACACAGUAAUGUAGAAUCAGGUCAGUUUACAGUGCGUAUGUCAAGGGACACUUAUAAUUUUCUUAAACGCCAUGUUCAAGAUAAGAAAAACACUGUUUUGCAAAAUAUAAUUCAGGAGCAUCUUUAUUUAGAUGUAUAUGAAGGAAUAACAAGAGCUAAAGUUCAAGUUGACAGCACUGCUGGAGCAGUAUUGGGAGAAGCUGCAAGACAAGCCAAUAAAGCAAAGGUUUAUUAUGGAUUAUUAAAAGAACCAGAGCUUCAUAUUCCAUUAGAGGAAGAUGAAGAAUCAGGUGAAGGAGAAGAUAAACCAAAGAAAAAGAAACCCAAGAAAGAUCCUGUACUUUCUAAAAAGUCAAGGAAUGACCCUAAUGCUCCUCCAAACAAUAGAAUUCCUUUACCUGAAUUACGAGAUGCUGAUAGGCAUGAUAAAAUAAAUGCAAUGAAAGAUGCAAGCAAAAGAGUAAAGCUUGGUCCAGAAUUUUUGCCAUCAAUUUGUUUUUAUACUUUUUUGAAUUCACAUCAAGGUGUCACUUGUGCUGAAUUUGCAGAAGAUUCUAGUUUAUUAAGUGCUGGAUUUUCUGAUUCUAUAAUUCGAGUUUGGAGUGUAACACCUAAUAAAUUAAAAGGAAUGAGAUCUGCUUUAGAAUUAGAAAAUAUUGAUAAAGAAGCAGAUGAUGUUUUAUAUCGCAUGAUGGAUGAUAAAAAUGCUACAGAUUUAAAAGUGCUGAUGGGACAUAGUGGACCUGUUUAUUCAACUAGUAUUAGUCCCGAUAGGAAUCUUUUAUUAUCAUGUUCAGAAGAUUCUACAGUUCGAUUAUGGAGUUUACAUACAUGGACCAAUGUUGUUUGCUACAAAGGUCAUUGUUUUCCAGUAUGGGAUGUAAAAUUCAGUCCACAUGGUUACUAUUUUGCUUCUUGUGGAUAUGACCGUACAGCUAGAUUAUGGUCAACAGAUUCUCAUCAACCAUUAAGGAUAUUUGCUGGACAUGUUUCUGAUGUGGAUUGUGUGCAAUUUCAUCCCAAUUCAAAUUACAUUGCAACUGGUUCUAGUGAUAGAACAGUACGAUUAUGGGAUGUACUAACUGGGAGCUGUGUACGUUUUAUGACUGGGCACAAGGGAAGAGUAUAUACAUUGGCUUUUUCUACUUGUGGACGGUUUCUAGCAUCUGCUGGAGCAGAUAAGAAAAUUUUAAUUUGGGAUAUUGCACAUGGUCAUCUUCUGGCUGAACUUAACAGUCAUUCGGAUAGUAUCUAUUCUAUAUGUUUUAGCCGUGAUGGCAACAUACUAGCAUCAGGUGGAUUAGAUAACACUGUAAAAAUAUGGGAUGUAAGCAGAUUAUUUGAGGAAAUAGAUUUAGAGGAUUUGAAUAUAUCUCAUGCCCCAAACGUCAGGUUAAAUAAUGAAAGUGUUUUGCUUGGUUCAUAUCCCACAAAAUCAACACCAAUUUUGACUCUUCACUUUACAAGAAAAAAUUUACUUUUGUCAGCUGGAAUGUAUCAGGGUUGAUAAGUAAAAACCUACUAAGUUAUAAAUUUUUAAAUGUAUUUUAUUUUUCAAUUAAAAAUAUAAAAAAACUUA